AUGCACCCUGUAGCACUGGGGUCACUUCAAGUGCACAACGUAGUCGAGGAAAACCAAGAAACAUGGGAUCUGUAUGAAGAACGACUGGAUUUACUGGGAAGAAAUGAUAAAUAUGUGUCCCUGGUCAACUUCAGCAUCCCUCAGCUCUGUCAGUUCACAGUGUGCAUUGACCUAAAGCGGACAGCCAAUGUCAGCUCGUGGGCAGCGUUUUCCUAUGACACUAACACCACCUCCACUGACAUAAAUGACUUAGAACUCGGGCUCUCUGGAGAAAACAAGCACCUGAGACUGUAUCUUUUUGGCACCAAACGAGACAUUGAGAUCGACCUGGCCCUUUUUGUGUGGUAUAGUGUGUGCUGCUUGUGGGACACUGGAAAACAGCUGCUGGAGGUCUACUGCAAUGGGAACCUGGUGCACAGCGAAGCCCUGGACAGCACAGGGUGCCUGAAACCGAAUGGCAGCCUCAUACUGGGCCACCUGCACAAGAGAAGGGAUGGCUUCAUCGUGAGGAUCAGCAACAGCUUCAUCGGCAGCUUGUACUACUUCCAGCUGUGGGACCGUGUGCUGGGUCAGGAAGAGCUGUUGGGCUGUGCCAUGGGCAGCACUGUCAGCUGGAAGGAGGAGUACUGGAAUUUCAGCAGCGUCCUCCCCGUCGCGGACCAUCGGCUGCGCUGCGGCUUGAGGAAAGCAUCAUCAACAAGGGCUCCUACACUGCCCCCUUUACCUCUGACCAGUAGUACCAAUGGUGUCGUUCCGGUCACCUUCUUUAAUGUUCAUAUGAACUUUUCUCUUUUCUACGAAACCAAGAGAGCUCCUGAUUACUAUGAUGCAAGGAGGCUUCUUGAACACUGGUUUAGUAUAAUCUUUACCAGAGAAGAAUUUGUUGUGACAAACUUUAAAAUCAGGGGUAAUUAUCUACAAAGCAGUGCCUAUAGGAGGACUCGUGGGAAGGUAAAGCGGAUGUCACAAAGCUAUAUCUGUAAGGCAAUUAUAAAGGCCACCUCUCUGGAAAUACAAGAAGUGCUGAGUCUCAGGAUCAAACAGCUGUUGAAUGACACAUAUGAAGAGGGACCAUUAUCCUUGCAUGUGAAACCUGAAGAUGUGGCUGUGAAGUCAAUAGCACUGAUGGAUUGUCCAGAAAGCUUUUCACACACAAGGUACAAGGGGAGUUAUUCCUGGCCGCUAACAAGUCCAGCCUCCGAAGCACAGGUCAGCUGCAGGAAAAACCCUCUGCAGUCUGCUCAGAGGAGCUGUGCAAUUAGUAUUGAACUAGAGCAAGCUUUUUGGAAGGAACCAAACAUGACUAAAUGUAAACCACUUGAAAAACUUCCAAAUAAUAUUUUAGGCCUCCAAGAUAUCAAGAUAACAGAAGAGAAUGCAGAAGAUGUUAUAGAGCACAUUUUAUACCUCUUGCCAGAUGCAACACUGCAUGUGGAAGAAUUAGAAAUCAUUGCAAGUAAAAUUUCUGAUAUUGUACAGCUUGCAGAUGUGAGUGUGACACUUGCAGAGACUGCAUUGUCUAUACUAGACCAUAUUUCACUGCAAGAAAUAGAAGAUCAGAACGUUAGAAAAAUAACCAAUACUAUCCUGCAGACAACUGAGGAGAUGGGCUACAAGGUGACUUGCGCAGACAGAAAUACAUCGGUCAUAACCAAUUCCUUGGCUCUGUUGGUGUUGCGUCCAGAUCCCAGCACGUUUGGAGGACUGGCCUUUGGCAUUACCUCCUACAGCAGAGGUGUGGAUCUCCAGAUCAAUGUGCAAGAAAACCCUUUCAAAAAUGCCUUGGCCUCAGUGUUUUUGCCAAAAUCCCUGAAGAACUUCCUAGGGAUCGAGUACUGUGACCCAGACAAGCAUUCGAAGAUCCAGUUUAAGUUUUUUGGCACUACUUCACUUUUCGAGGAUGACAGUUUAACAAUGCAGAAGUUGAACACUUUUGUUGUGAGUGCCAGUGUUGAAAACGCAUCAAUUCAGAACCUUAAUGAGCCUGUGACUGUCACUCUUCGGCACAUAGACCAGAAUACGGGCAAUGCAGCAGUGCACUGCGUCUUUUGGGACUUUGGGAAGAACAAUGGACUGGGUGGUUGGAAUACAUCAGGGUGUGAAAUGGAAUAUACAGAUAUGAAUUACACAAUCUGUUUUUGUAACCAUCUUACCCAUUUUGGAGUCCUACUGGACUUGGCCCGGACAGAAAUAGAUGUCACACAUGAUCAUAUAUUAACUCUGAUAAGCUAUGCAGGAUGUGGUGCUUCUUCCCUUUUUUUGGGAAUAACGCUGGUGACAUAUCUAACCCUUGAGAAGCUGCGGAGAGACAAUCCUUCAAAAAUCCUGCUCAACCUUUGUGCUGCACUGCUGAUGCUGAACAUGGUCUUCCUCACCAAUUCCUGGCUGUCCUCAUUCAACCAGCCAGGCCUCUGCAUCACCAUGGCCACGCUCCUUCACUAUUUCCUUCUUGCAGCUUUCACGUGGAUGUGCCUGGAGUCUGUUCACUUUUACUUGGCUCUUGUCAAAGUUUUCAAUGUUUAUGUCCCAAAGUACAUCCUAAAAUGCUGCAUUGCUGGCUGGGGUAAGCAAGCAGAUUUCUUCUCCACUUCUGGGCUUGUCAACUUCUCUAAGAUUGGGGCAUAUUUGCAAAAGCAACUUUCCACGUUAGGAAUACCAGCUAUUGUAAUUAUUCUUGUGCUCAUUAUAAACAAAGACUUCUAUGGCAAUGGGUCGCACUCUGAGAACAAUCCUUACAGCAAUUUCUGCUGGAUUCAGGACAGUGGAGUGUUCUACAUCUCUGUUGUGGCCUAUUUCUUCUUAAUAUUUUUGACAAAUACAGCCAUGUUCAUCACUGUUCUCCUCCAAAUCCACUCUGUGAAGACAAGGACACAAAAGAGAUCCAGAUUCUGGAAACAGAGUGUUCUUCAAGACCUCAAAAGUGCUUUCAGCUUGAUGUUCCUUUUGGGCUUAACUUGGGGCUUUGCCUUUUUUGCCUGGGGAGAAGUGAGGAUAUUUUUCUUGUAUCUUUUCAGCAUUUUUAACACCUUGCAAGGGUUCUUUAUCUUUGUGUUUCACUGCCUAAUGAAGGACGAGGUAGUGAAGCAGUGCCGAGUACACUUCUGCUGGGGAAGAUUCCGUCUGAGUAACUAUUCUGACUGGAGUGGGUCAGGUGCAACUGCAGGAUCUACACCAAAGCAUUUAAACCGCAAAUCACCAUCCCAAGCUUUGCAGAGUCUAAAUUCUAAUGGAACAAGUUCAACUUCCAAUGGUUCAGAUUUCCUUCCCAGGUCUUCUCCAGAUAGAAAUUUCAAGAUUGCUGAAGUCCAUUACAACCCCAGUGCUGUAUCUCCAGAAGAUGGUGAGACCAAACAUCCUUGUUCACAAAGAACACUAACCAUGGAUACAGGACUGCACUAUCCACAGAAAGCAGGAUUUUUACACUGAUACUGAAUUUGUUUUCUUCUGAUUAUCUAGUGAUGGUUCUCCUCUGUGCAUGAAAACAAGCACUGUUCAAAUAAUUACUUCUAAUGUACAGUUAUCACUCUGGACACAGUGAUCCCAUGACUCAUGUCUAGGCUUCAGUGGAAUUUCAAUCCUGACCACACAAGGAUUUGCUGCUCCCAUGUUUCCAAGAUUAGUCCUCAUGUUAAACAGAGACUGGAAACAUUCUCUCCCUCAUCAUUAGUCCCUCCCAUAGUUCAUCUUUUUUUUACCCUUUACACCCUCCUGCCAUUUCUCUGUUUUCUUCUUCAUCUGAUACUUAUUGUCAGAGCCUAAAACAUAUAGUACUGAGUUUCAAGUGAUAUUUUUUAGCCUGCUGGUUGACUGUCUCAGGCACAGACAUAUCUUUCCUUACUUUUUCUGAAAUGUAGUUUGACCAACUUGGACAUCAAGAAGUUGGACUCAGCCUCCAAGAUGUAUGUUUUUAUUUUCAGAUGUGCUGGCUCUGAUGAUCUGGUUUUAGAUCUCUAAAGAGAUGUAGAUGCACGUUUAAAUGUUUGAAAAUGUUGCCCAGUACCUUCAAAUGGAAUGUGCAAACAAUAAAAACUGAAAUUCCCACGUC